AUGCCAAUUUCCCUUCUUGAUACGAAACACUGGUGGCGGCAUCAAAAUCUCCGCACGCUGAACUUGCUUAUGCUGAUCCCCCUUCUGUCGAUUUUCUCCCAAGGAUUCGACGGCUCCAUGAUGAAUGGUUUGCAGUCGGUUACACACUGGCAGACCUACUUUGGAACGCCUAAAGGUGCAGUUCUCGGCGUCUUCAACGCAGCAUAUCCUCUCGGCGGCAUCGCUGGCGUCUUUCUAAUUUCUCCCGUGGCUGAUGGCUUAGGAAGACGAAUUGGCCUGGCUACAGGAGCUGCGUUAUGCUGCAUUGGCGCUGCCCUGCAAGGAGGAUCUAUCAAUAUCGCCAUGUUCGUGAUCUCGCGUGUCAUUAUCGGAGCCGGUAGCGUGAUUGUUUCCGGUGUUGGGGCUCCAUACAUUACUGAGAUCGCCCAUCCCGCUCAACGCAGCACUGCUACUGCUCUUUUCCUAACGUUUUACUCCGUCGGAUCCAUCGUCGCUGGCUGGUGCACCUUCGGAACGUUUCGCAUUGAUGGCACUGCAUCUUGGAGAAUACCUUCGGCCCUCCAGGGCCUCCCUUCAGUGAUCCAGCUGCUUUUUAUCUGGUUUUGCCCAGAAUCGCCCCGUUGGUUGGUGAGCAAGGGACGCAACGAGGAGGCCUUGGCGUUCCUAGUCAAGUAUCACGGAGAAGGAGACCUCCAAGACCCUGUUGUCCAGUUCGAGUAUAAUGAGAUUCAAAGAACCCUCAGCGCCGAGAAGUCCACUGCACAUUCCCUGAUCUCCUUCUUGCGGGAGCUAGCCACUGGGCCAGGAAAUCGCAGAAGGCUUUUCAUCAUGAUCUGGGCUGCCAUCUGCUCACAAAUGUCGGGAAAUGCUUUUGUGUCAUACUAUCUCUCUCCGAUUCUGACUUCUGUUGGUCUCACUUCCGACUUGCAACAGACCCUUAUCAAUGCUACUUCACAGAUGCUCUCAUGGGUUAGUGCCAUUUAUUUUGCGACUCUUCCCGGAAAGCUCGGCCGUCGAACUCUCUUCUUGGGGUCUCUCUGCUUUAUGUGGGUGAUUGUUAUCUGUAUCACUGCAGGAAGUGCCAUGUUCGCCAAAGAUCAUUCCAACAAGGCAGCAGCAUAUACUGUAGUGGUGUUUCUGUAUCUGUUCUCUCCGGCCUAUAACUUCGGCUUUAAUGGGAAUCUGGGUCUCUAUAUUCCGGAGAUAUUACCCUACCAUAUCCGCACCAAAGGCCUGUCACUCUUCUAUUUUACACAGUUCUGCUUUAUGAUUCUCUCGAAUUUUACCGUCCCCAUUGGUCUGGAGAAUAUUCAGUGGCGCUUCUACAUUAUCUUUGUAUUCUGGAUUAUUGUGGAAUUCGUGGGGGUAUAUUUGUUGUUCCCAGAGACUAAGGGCCCUUCUUUAGAGGAGAUUGCAUAUAUUUUCGACGGUCCAGGCUCCAAAAUUGGAUCCAAUCCAAGGUCGGAGUUGAAGGGUAAUAUUCAGUUUGUAGAGGAUACCAACUGUGACGGAAAGUAG